GCCUGGGUUAUGAUCUGUUUUCUGAUGACCAGGAUAGAGUAGAUAUUGGUUUUCAGGAGAAGCCCAUCUCUUGGUGACUCUAUGGCAGGCAUUCAGGAGGUGUCAAAGCAAACCUGCAAUAUAUCUACCAGGAAAAGGUGGUUUUCAGAAGAAUCCCCAACAAAGAUCUCAACAGAAUAUCUAGGCAGACAUUGAAAUGGAAAGCAUGGCAUUUCAGCUGUUGGGCUUUUUCUUGAGUCUUCUUGGCUUAGCUGGAACAAUCACUGCAACCAUUCUGCCUCACUGGUGGAACAGCGCUCAUGUGGGCAUGAAUAUUAUCACAGCUGUGGCAUACAUAAAGGGUCUCUGGAUGGAAUGUGUUUGGCACAGCACUGGGAUCUCCCAGUGUCAGCUCCACCGCUCACCACUUGCUUUGCCUCGUGACCUUCAAGCAGCCCGGGCUAUGAUGGUGAUAUCUUGCAUUCUUUCAACUCUGGCAUGUGUGAUUGCUGUUAUUGGCAUGAAGUGCACCCAAUGCGCCAAAGGGUCCUCUGCCAAAAACAUCUUUGCUAUCCUGGGUGGCAGCCUUUUCAUACUGGCUGGAAUUGUGUGUCUCAUCCCUGUUUCUUGGACAACCAAUGAUGUGGUGACUGAUUUCUACAACCCAAUGUUGCCCAAUGGGAUGAAAUAUGAAAUUGGGCAUGCCCUUUACCUUGGCUUUGUGUGUGCUUCACUGAGUAUAAUUGGUGGAAUAAUCUUGUGUGCUUCAUGUCAGCGGGUGGAGAAUGACAUAAAUUACCACCAACAAUCAAGAAGUACAAGAUUAGCUCCAUCCUACAGACCACCAAAGGCUUACAAGUCAAAUCACAGUCCUUCACAAACAUCUGCUUCAUACAAUGGUUACAGUUUGAAUGAUUAUGUAUAAGUUCUCUGGGACUUCUCUCAUUGACAGUAUGUUGCUGUCAGCAUUUCUCUAAAUAUGUUUUUAUAUAUGUAUACAAAUUAUGUAUUACAUCUAUGAUGCUUGUGGUGUUAUCAAUGCACUGUAAUUUCCAAAUACUGUUUACUACCAUUCUACUUUUCAUAUAAUUAAUGCAAUUUUAAAAAAGGAUGCUUUGACGCUUGAAAAUAGAAUAAGUAGUCUUUUACUGGAAAAAGACUGCAAAUAUUUACAAAAAACAGUUUCUGAUUUCAGAGACAAGCUGCUGAGGAUAGGAGUUUCAAGCUUCAAUGUGAAGGCACAUUGGUGAAAUAAGACACAGAUGUGUUGUUAUUUUAACAGUGAUCAUUCAAAGAAGUCUCAUACUAAGUAUUUUGAUCAUGUAAAUCGAAAAUUUUGAAUUUCUGGUUCAUU